AUGGGAGAGCGUGAAGUCAACCUACCGCAACUUUUCUCGGACGUCUCGCGAACAAUAAGCGGUAUCUCGAAUAUUAUGGGCGCUGGUGCGGAAGCUUCCGGAGAUGGUCCAGGGAGUGGAUCAAGUAGUGCUGCUGGAGGAGGAGGAGGACCAUCAAUCGCUGGAAAUAUUUUUGGGAAUACUUGUUUUAAGGCAUGCGGUAUGGAGGAUAUUCAAUUUGCAGCAAGGGCAGCCGGGGAAAUGUUCUCAACUAUUAAAAUGUGCGUUCUGAUGUCCACCAUUAUAUCACUUCUCUUACUGGUUUUUCUCUCAACGGCGCUUUUGUAUUUCAUGUGCUCUUACAAUCAGGUGAAAGAAAUCAUACAAAAUAUGAGUCGUGUAUCCGCAAAAACUGUCAAAAAGUCAAUAUCCAAUCAAAUCACGUUGAGCAAACAAACCGAGUGGAUUCUAAAUUCGAUGACUUUUUCCCCGCUUCUCGCCGGUUUAGAUACGCUCAACUGCAACAACUGCUCAAAAUUCUCUCUUCCCUCAUUUUUCAAACGUGUGACAUCUACACAAAGCCCGGUGACUGCUCAAAAGUGA